AUGAACUUCAAAAUACACAGAAGAGCGACAGCAAAAGAUGAAAACGCUGAGGAUACUUGGGGUGUCAUAGUUUACAGGUACACAGAGCGGUAUCUAACUAUGGAAAGCGACAAACUCCCUGCGAUUGGGGGAAUAGCCAAGCGUGUGUUUCUGGAGCGCCAUUUGCACGAUAAUCCUGGAGGCGAGUAUCUUGCGGGUUUGUGGAGGGAAAGCCUCCUUUGUGACCUGGCCUGGUUGACAGACACUGGAGAAGAACGAGGCGUCCCAACAAGUUACACUGCGCCAUCAUGGUCUUGGGCUUCUGUCAACGGACCUAUUGCCUUUCGACAAGAUCACGAUACCCAACGUCUUGCUGUUGUGAAAGACGCAAAGGUCGAUCUAGAAAACUCAGAAAACCCGUUUGGUAGGGUCACUGGUGGCUGGAUCCAUCUAUGUGGCAUCAAACUUCACCCAUGCGAUGUAGAUGAUUAUGGCGGCAUUUACAUUCGUACGGGAGACGCGCGUUGUCAUGUAAGUACCAUCAUGGACUUUUCGAGAUUCAAUCUGCCUGGAGUACACGGAACCGAUUACAAAGACAAGAAGUCUGAACUGGUCGCCGUACCCUUGAUGUUGGAAGAAGAAGAUGACGACAACGAUCAUAACCCUGGAGCUCAUUUUCUGCUUCUUGUGUCAUCGACAUCUGGGCAAGGUCUAGUCAACGGCCUCCCAUGCUUUCGUAGAGUAGGAGUUGGCUCUCCCCAUAUUGUCAAUUUGGACGAGAAUGACGGCGAUGCAAGGAGACGACUUCGAGACAGAUGUGUGGAAGCAAUGGAACAGGGAACUUUGGAGGAUUUUAUCAUAGUAUGA